CAGAAGCUGUAGUCGUAGAAGACACUUCCACUUUAGAAUUAAAUAAAAAUCGACAAGAUAAAUAAAAAAUCUACGUGCAAAACAAUGAGAGUGAGCCGCAGAGAAGCAGUUGUGUGUGUCUGUGUGUGCUGGUAGUUUUGUUAGCUUGAACAAUCAGAAGUGUGCCUCAAGUUACAGGACAGAGACCGCUGCUUUGCUUAUGUUAAGCCCCAGUAUUUUAUUUAAGAUGGAUACAUGUACACUCUGAACUUUUCAUUUUUAAAGAGUUCCCAAGCAUCAAUGUCUCAGUUGUUUUGAGAUGUCAUAUAUUCUUUUGAAUACAGUCCACCUUGUUUAUGGUUGUCAGGAAAAUCCAUUCCUGACAAGAGAUGUGUUUUAAAAUACACCACAGCUUACAACAGGGAUGAGCAUUUAUUGUGCAUUCUCAUAUAAUGGGGAUUAUGUAGGCUUUUGGGGCUUUAGUUGGAUCCAUGAAUAUAUGACACCGGAACGGUUUGAAUUAAACAUGUUGCUUCAAUUACAAGAGAAUAUUUCCAGCUUUUGCAUCCUGUUUUCAUUCAGAAUGUCUUUGUGGCCUGUUGAAAAGACACGCAGAACGAGACGUUGUCCUGCCAGAAAAGGAAUAUAUAUGCCUGUUGUAUAAAGUUUGCGGAUAUUUGAAGAUUGUUUGAUCAUAACUGCAAGAUGAAUCUUUUGGAUUUGAUUUUCAAAGGGACAUUAUUACUGCUACUUUGGAUACUCCAGUGAGGAAGGAUAUACUCCCACAGUUAGGACAGAAUGACAGAAUGUCUGCCUUUUUAAUUUUAGGAACAUGUAACAUCACUGGGAAAAUAUUGUAUCCAUAGAUACAAGGUAGUUUUUCGCCACUUAUUGUUUUGUUGUACUUUGUAAACAAAAUAUACUUGUUCUUUUUGUUGUGUCCGGGGGGUUCACUCGUGUCUCUGAAAGUGAAGGCAUACAUUCAACACAGCAUACGAUGAUGGCGCUCCCUUGUCUGGAGUUGCCGGCACAAAAUCACAUGUUAACUCUCUCCACAGUUUGAACACUGUAAUUGAGAAAAGUAGAGUACAUGGAGCAGGAUACAAGAGACAGGAGGAGAAAUAUGUUUAAGAAGGAUGAUCGCGGACUAAUAAUAGGGUUUGUCGUACUUUGUGCAUGUUCAAACAUCCAGUGAACAAUAUCAAAAAGCAUGCUGCAACUGAGAAGAAGGUUAACACCAAUUGCAGGAUCUAGCCAAGGAUCCCCUGACCCCUCCAUAUCUCCACGCUGCUGCAAUGAAUAGCGGGCCUGAUUUUGAGUCUUCCCUAAUUACAAGGCAUGACAUGGUGAGGGAAAACAAGGCUGUUAAAAAGCAGAUGUCUGCACCGGGAUUGUUAUUUUCAUGGCGCGAGGUGAUAUGUUGCCGUGUACGGUUUUACACGCAAGCUGAAAAUGCAUGUUAUCUGAUUAAAGUGGGCGUCCGGGGGCCCGUGCUGCAUCUACAGUCUCUAGGUAAAGAGGGGAUAUUUACCGCACAGCAGGAACACUUUGCACUCAGCCUGAGGGAGUCGCCGCCGACGUGAGGAAGGGAAGAAGCAUCGUGUCUGACCUACCAGCCGGUGGGUGUAUCGUACCUACUGUCCAUUUCAAAAGCAGAGCAGCAGAGAGAAGUAGAUUCGUAGGAAAUGAGCGUACUCCAAUGUCAUACUGUCAGUGUAUGACAGCUUGACUUCAUGUGUUUUUGUUCCAUCAGGGAUCAUGUGGACAGCGGUGCUCCUUCUCACUAUGGCAAUAGUGGAUCUGAGCGUCAGCCAGCAUUACAGCCAGUGGCUGUCCCAGCUGCGUGGGCGGCGGCAGCCCCUCGGCUGGGGGGCCGAGGACGCGGACUGCCCCCUGGAGUGUGACUGCCCACCGAGCUACCCCACGGCGAUGUACUGUAACGGUCGAAACCUCCAGCAUGUCCCGAACGUCCCCUCCCACAUCGAGUACGUCUACCUGCAGCACAACCAGAUCGCGGGCAUCCGGGACGGGGUGUUCGACGACGCCCCCAACUUGGUCUGGCUCAUGCUGUUCAACAACCGGCUCGACUCGGACAAGAUCGGCAAGAGCGUCUUCGGCAAGCUGAAGCACCUGGACCGCCUCUUCUUGGACCACAACGAACUCACACGGGUGCCCCCAAACCUGCCGAAGUCCAUCACAGAGCUGCGACUUGGUCACAACAAGAUCUCAAAAGUUGUCUCCAGCUCGUUCGAGGGAAUGACCAACCUCACCGCCCUUCGGCUCCAAGCGAACGUCCUAGAGGACGUUGGAGGUGCGUUGGAGGGACUGAAGUCUCUGACCAUGCUGGAUGUGAGGCAAAACAAGCUGAGGAAAGUCCCAGACAAGCUCCCAGAGGCCCUGCAGCAGCUCUACCUGGAGUUUAAUGACAUAGAGAGUGUGCCGACGGGCUUUCUUACCUUGAAUCCCAACCUGCAGUUUGUCCGUUUGGCUCAUAACAAGAUAACAGACAAAGGACUUCCGUCCAAUGUCUUCAAUGUCAGCACGCUGGUUGAGCUUGACCUUUCGUUCAAUAAACUGGAGAAGAUCCCUGUGGUCAGUAGGAACCUGGAGAACCUUUAUUUACAUGCCAAUAAGAUCAAAGAGUUCUCCCUGAGCAGCUUCUGCGGUCCGAUCAGCAUGACAAACUUCUCCAGGCUGAGAAUGCUGCGUUUGGAAUCCAACGAGAUCAGCGCCAAAGACAUUCCUGCCGAGGCGGCCUACUGUUUGCGGCGUGUUGCCUUCAUUGAUGUGUAGCUCUCUCUCUCUCUCUCCCUGUCUACCCGGGGUGUUACUCAACACUCCCUGCUGUUAUAUUUACCAUGUAACCCGUCACAGUCCACUACAUCACACACGUUUAAGAUAACGUGUUUCGAAACAGUUAUGAGAGCUACUAUUGUUACUCAGAAUGAUGAACUGCUCCGGGAUUCAACAGGAAAUUCCAGAGGUGUCUAAUCACGUAUCCAGAUGAGCAAUGGGGAAGGGUUUAAUCCAUCGCACAAACUAAUUACAUCAGUUUUAGGAUGCUGGCAAAAAUAACAGGGAGAAUGAAUGUGAUCAAGCCUUAUGUUUAGGUGCCAACAAGUUCUGCUGCUGACCUGUCUGGCAAAAUAGAACCUGUGUAAAUCUGUCAUCAAUGUGAGAGUCAGUCUUUGCUCCCACCAAGUGGCACAAGGUGAUAAAACAACAGGUUGAGUAACCUUCAUCUGUAAAACGUCACGUACCAUAUCUUCACUAACAAAACCGUUUGACUGCUACAAUGUUUCCAUCAACAUUUAAACAUGUAUUUAUAAAAUGUGAAAAACAUGUGUUUCUCCUCAAAGAGCCCCUGAAUUAUUCAAGGAUAAUAACUAACCUUUUGAGGAUUUUUUUCUUUUUCAAAAUACUUUUUAUGGAGUGAAUUUGGAGCAAUGUUUAUCAAAGACAAAUGUGAACUUGACAGCAAGCUAAUGUCAGGAUUUAUGAGAUCACUUUGUAUCCACCAUUGACAGCUCUGAAAUGUUUUUGUGUAAAGGGAAUGUUUGUAUCUAUUAUCACAUCCUAAAAAUAAAGAAUGAAUCACCUUCUGGAGUAAUUUG